UUCAGACUGAGACUGCAUAAAUAUAUAUAUAUAUGGAAUCAAAAUGGCACGUAGACGUAAAACCGAAGUGAAAGCAUCUGAAAAAUCAUCCCAUAAAUAUGUACCUGUGCGUAAAUCUAGCAGACAAAUAGCUAAGAAACAGUUGGAAGAAAAGAAAAUUAAUGGAAACAUUUUGGAAACAUCUUGCUCAAACAGUUUUGAAAAUUCCAAGUCUACCAACGAAAAUCAUAGUAGAGUUUUAUCAAAGAAGAAUCAAAAUUCUCAGAAGAAGCAUAGUAAACAUAAAAGUACCUCUAGUAACAAUCUAAUUGUAGAUAAGGAGGAUAUUGUAUACAAUGCUUCUCAAUACAAACGGGACGCGGGUGAAAGUGAUAGUCAAGAUUAUAUAGAUAAUAUAAUUAAUGAAUCAGACAAACUUAGUCCAGAAGAUGUACGGCAGGUCGUUGUCGGUAAUCCAAAUCCAAGCAAUGAGUCUUUGCCUACAUCCGCGUCGAUACCAACCGAAGUAGAAAUGUGGUCAGAAGGGGUCAUAGAGGAAACAAUAAUCUGUGAAGAAAUGGAAAUGGAAGAAAAUGUUGCGGACAAUAGUUACGCUUUGGCACAGGAUAAUGUUGUGGUUGAACAAGUAUUACUUGUUAACGAACCUAAUUUAGAGGACAAGAAUUUUGUGGAAUUUACUGUGAUACAAAAUGAAGAUGAAUCCAUGGUGAUAACAUCUAAUACAGAAAAUAUUUCGAACAAUGAAUAUAUUAUUCAAGAAAAUUUUAAUAGUGUACAUAAUAACGAAUUGGAAAAUUCCAUAUCAGCUGUGCAUAUAGAUGAAUCAGUAACUUUGAGUGGUGAAAAUUGUAAUAUUGUAGAUUCCAAUAUGGAUAGAUCUUAUAUCAAUAAAAAGAAAAUUGUAUUAGAAGAUCAUGGUAAAAAACAAAAGAAUGAUAAAACUAUUUAUGAUAAAAUAAGAAAGGAAAUUUCAGAGUCAAUAUCUGAUAAAGUUCGUAUGUGUUCUAUCAAAGAGAAUUCUGGCAUUUCAAACGAGGAAGUUGAUUGCAAACAGGAAAGCAAAGACUUGAAAGCAAAAAGUAUGCAUGCAGAUUUGUCAAAAGAAGAUACAUUUAGCAAAAUAGAUAAUGAAUUGGCUAAUAUGCAGAUAAAUGAAUGCUCAAAGGAAAUACAGAAAUUGGUGAAUGAUCUCUCUAGUGUGGAAAGUAUUGACUCUCCAGUACAAACUUCAUUAAAUAUGGAAAAAUUGUCCCCUAUAAAUAUCGAUGAUGAAAGCAGUUCAUCAAUAUUAGAUAAAAUGGAGCAAUUGCAUCGUUCUAAUAAUUCUGUUACUUCUCAUAUAACAGACAUAUUUUCGAAAACAAUGGAACCUAAUAACAUUAUUAAAAAUCAAGAACAAAAUAUAUUAAAACCCAAUUCUUGUGAUGAUAAACCUCAAUAUACAGAUAGAGUUUUAUUAAAGUCAAAAAGCACGCAAGACAAGAAGAAUAUGAGUCAGCAAAAGAAUUCUGAACAUUUAACAACUAUAGAUGAAUAUCAAGAUAGUGAAGGAGACAACAGCAAAGUUGAUUGCGAAGAUAUUAAGUUAUGUAGCAGUAGUGAAAACAGUAACGAUACAUUAUUGUCGCUUACCAAUUGCAAAGGACGUGAGCUUGAUGUAAAGAAUACAACUGGCAACACAAGUGAUAUUGACAAAAAAAUUGAAUUCAGAGGUCGUAGUGGAAGCACUGAUACAACAGGUUCUGAAAGUGGUUCAAACAGUUCAGGCGUAAGAAGAAGUAGUAGAAUUCGAUCUAUUGGAUUGAUGAAACAAAGAUCUCGUGGACGUGGUUUAGUUACGAAACCUAACAUAGAUAUCUCAAAAGUAACUCUUCAGCAAGAAAAAGAUAAAAUAGUUAAUAAUAUAAAUCCUUCUACUACUCAGGAAGUAAAAAUAGAUAACUCUGAGACGCAAUGUGAUAAGGAAAAUAAUUCUAGCAAGAUAUCAAUGUCGCUUGAUAUUUCAGCACCUUUAAGUGCUAGUUAUAAUACCACAGGAUAUGAUUCUGAUUCUUCAAAGCCGGUUAAAGUAAAAUCUCGUUGGCGAAGAUCAAGUGAACUUGAAAUGGGUGGAUCAUGUGCAGGCUUUGGAUCCAUCAUUGCUCCUACAUCAAUAUUUGGAUCAUCUGUUGCACUUCCAUCUGAAUCAGGACGUUGUGCACCAAUAAACACAGGGGAAUCGAGUACGUCAUCUGAAUCAAAACACAAUAUCAUUAGCAAAAAUGUAAAACCUUGUACAGAAACAGAGCAAGUUAAAGAUGCAUCAAUGACAUCCAAUAGUGUUUCUACCAUUGUAACAAUACCACAAAUUCCAAAAACUAUAGGAGCUAAAAUUUUGUUGCCUAUGGUUGUUGAAACAGAGGAUAGAGAAAUGGAAGAAAGACUAAGCCAAUUUGAACACCUACGUGAAAAUUUGUAUCUUACUGAAAGAUAUACAAACAAGGAAACUAAAAGAAUGGUUUGUGAUUGUUUUUUAACUGAAGAAGAAAUUGAGAGAGGAGAACUUGGUUGUGGAGAGGAUUGCCUUAAUAGACUUCUCAUGAUAGAAUGUGGAACUAGAUGUGUAGUAGGUGAUAGAUGUACAAAUAAAAGAUUUCAAAAUUGUGAAUAUGCCAAAUGUGAAGUAUUUCGAACGGAGAAGAAGGGUUUUGGUUUACGUGCUAUUGUUGAUAUAAUGGCGGGCGAAUUUAUAAUGGAGUAUGUUGGUGAGGUUGUAGAUCCAAAAGAUUUUAAACGUCGCGCAAAGGAUUAUUCUAAAGACAAAAAUAGACAUUAUUAUUUUAUGGCAUUGAAAUCCGAUCAGAUUAUAGAUGCUACUAUGAAAGGAAAUGUAUCCCGGUUUAUCAAUCACAGUUGUGAUCCAAAUGCAGAAACGCAAAAAUGGACAGUAAAUGGUGAAUUACGGAUAGGCUUUUUUAAUAAAAAAUUUAUAGCUGCCGGUGAAGAAAUUACAUUCGAUUAUCAUUUUCAGCGUUAUGGCAAGGAAGCUCAAAAGUGUUAUUGUGAAGCACCAAAUUGUCGAGGCUGGAUAGGCGAUACACCUGAAGAAGAAAAGGACAAGAUUGAAAAAAUUGAAGAGAAACGCGAGAGAGAUACAAAGAAGAAGAAAGAAGAAAAGAAACCUGUUGAUUAUAUGGAAGAUGAGGAUUUGGAGGAAGAAAUGGACAAGUUGUGCUCAGGUGGUUUGAAAAAUCGUGCGCAUACAUUGACAUUAAGCAGAUUAAUGGUUCGUAGCAGAGAAUUAAAACACAGGACACGCUUGUUACGUCUUAUACAAAGCGGCGAACAACCCUGCCGAAGAUUAUUUUUGGAUUAUCAUGGAUUACGUUUGAUUUGGAGUUAUGUUAUGGAUAUUGCUGCUAAUGAAUCAGAAGAAGCUCAACAAUUUCGUUUAGAAGUGCUAAAAACUCUAAAUACACUGCCAAUACCAAACAAGACAAUGUUAAUGGAUGGUAAAAUAUAUGGUGUAGUUGAAAGAUGGGCGAAAAAAUUAUAUCUUUCUCCAAAUGCUGAUUCGCCAGAAGACGAUCAGGUUAAAUCAAAGACGACGUGUGAGGAAUUGAAUAGUAAUUUCGAUAGCAAUGAAAAGAAAAAUCCUGAUGAACGUCUUAAUGACAUUCCAGAUAAACGUAAUAAUAAUAUCGAAAAUUGUUUAGCAGUUAACGAAGUUAAAUCAGAAACUACAGAUCAGAAUCUUAUACCUGAUUUGGCUUGUAGUCUUCUUGCUGAAUGGUCGAAUCUAAAAGAAGUUUUCAGAAUACCGAAAAAAGAAAGGAUUGAACAAAUGAAGGAGCAUGAAAGAGAAGCAGAUCGAGGAUAUAGAGAGGAAUUGGAGAAAGAAGAAAAGAGAAGCACAUCGUACGAUAGGCAUAGAUCUGAUAGAUACAAUCGAAGUGAAAUUGACAAACGUGGUGACAGAAGACGAGGACGAGAAUCUCCAGAAGCUGAACAUAAUAGAACAAAAGAUAAAAGAAUAGAAGAACGUAGUCUAGUUCCUAUACCACGAAUGACAAAGUACGAGCGUAGACAAUUAUUUGCAUUGAAAGUCGCGAAAGAAGAGGAGGAAAGACAACGUCGUCAACAGCAAGAAUCAUGGCAAGAGCAUGAGAACAGAUGUUUAGCAUUGGGUAUAGAUCCCCACACUACUGCCAUGGUUGAUCCUCAAACUGGUUAUCCUGUUUUUUAUAAUCCGACAUUAGGCCAAUGGCAGCAUUAUCCUACUCAAGAUGGGGGAGAAGCAACGCAACAGUGUACUCCUGUAUAUGUAGGAAAUGCUCAGUCUACUGGUAUAAUAGGCCAGAGUCCUCAUGUACUAUCAUCAGCAAUGACAACCGAUAUAUCGUCCGGAAUUACGACUGGCAUUCCUCCAGUAGCUUACUCGUUAAGUCAAACUCCUGUGUUCAGUCAAACAACAUCUUCCUAUUCUUUGAUAUCGCAUCCGCAACCGUAUUCCGAAGGGCAACUAUCUCUUCCAAAUAGUUUAGUGUCUGUUCAUGGCGGAACUCCUCCUAUAUCAAUUCAAACGCCUCUUUAUAAUCAUGAAAAACCUGCAGAUGAACAAUUUUCUAAUCAUACAUCCGCGGAAAGCGUCAGCACGAAUCGACCGGCACAACCUGAAAUUUCACCGAUAGAUUUACCACCAAAAUGGAAGAGUGCGACAGAUAGCAGAGGUAGAACGUACUAUUAUCAUGUAAAGGAAAGAAUAUCGCAGUGGCUACCUCCACCACCCGAUCAUAUCGGAGUACAACCAGACUCAUCGUCUACUUCGGAAUCUAGCGAAGAAUCUAGUUCAUCCAAUGAGGAUGACGAAGAUAUCGAUGAUGAUCAUAAUGAAGAUCAAAGAAAUGAUGACAUGGAGACAAGUAACUCUCUAACAGAAAGCCUUUUACCUAGGCCAAAUGUAUCUAAAAAAUUAGGUGGUCAAUUGAUCGGAAGUUCACUGCCGUUGCCGGAAUGUAAAAAGAGAAGAGAUGGUUUGGUCCAAGAAAGAAUUAUUAGUCCACGUAGAGAAGAGGAUCGUGUUGAUCAUAAAGCAUAUAAAGAAAUAAAAGAGAAAUUACGACGGCAGAAAGAAAGGGCAAAACUAAAAGAUGUUGAGAAGCUAAAGAAACAUAGACGAAGUAAUAAAUCGAAAUCUCAUUCGCGUCAUGGAUUAAGCAAGUUGCAAUCAACAUCAGCUGAAAUGUACCCUAUGAAGUCUGAAAGAAGAAUCAAGGAGGCAUUCAGAACAAGUAUGGCUAAUGUGAUGGUUCACUUCUUAAAUCCAUAUAGGAAAACUGAAUGUAAACAAGGUAGAAUUACUAAUACUGAAGAUUUUAAACAUCUAGCUAGAAAGUUAACACAUUUUGUACUUGCAAAAGAAUUAAAGCAUUGUAAAAGCGUGGAUGAAUUACAAUGUAAUGAAAAUGUUAUACAUAAAGCAAAAGACUUUGUACGUAAGUAUAUGAGCAAAUUUGGGGCAGUGUAUCAGAAAGGUACAGAUGAAGAUUAGCUGCGUAAUUUAUAAAAUAAAAUUGUUAUUUAUUGCACGCAAGUUCUUCUACUUCGACUAUCGUGAAAUAUAUUUAGGUAUGUAUGUAGAUACAUUUGUAAUUGUACUAUUGUAAAAUAGGCAAAUUUGUGUGUAUAUGCGUGAUAAAAAUUUUUUCAUGAUUUAGCAGUUAAUAAAUUAGAAAAUUUUUAAUUUUUUCCAUACACAUAUUUAUGUAUAAAUUUAACAUAUAUUCAUUUAUACAUGCUAACUCUCUUGCACACAUGUUAUACCUUUUAUAAAUAUUGUAACUUAUAUGCCAAUACAAGUGUAAAAUAUGUACUCUGAUAUUUGUAUAAAAUACCAUUUUACCUACCUUUCGGGUACAAUCUAUUAUAAAGUUGAUAUACUUGAUAAAUAUUUAUUUGUAUAAUGUCACAAAAUAAUUCUCUUGUAAAUAAUAUAAUUUUUAACUGCUUCAUAUACAUACCGAGUUGCUGUUAUAUGUGCUUCCUGACUUGCAUAAAAUUUACAAAAGCUGAACACAAAAUGGAAGGCAAAAUAUCUUGCAUUUACAAAUUCAACUUUACAUCAUCAAUAUUCUGUCUACAUGGUACAAAAAUUGAUUCUGUGAUGCAAAUUUUUUAAAUGGAAGCAAUGUAAAAAAUUAAAUAAAAAGAACUCUGCUUAACAUAUGGUUAAUACUCUGGUAAUUAUAUAUUUGUCAAUUACAGUCUCUAUUUUCUUAGUUGUGUUCACACAGCUAUAUAAUAUCUUAUUGUUAUUAAUUUUUUUAAUUUUAUACAGUGCUGAAUACUUUCUUUAUAUAAGAUGCUAAUGAUAAAUAAUUUAAUAGUAUCAGUAAUAGCUGAUUAUGUGUAGAUUCUGUAAUUUAGUGACACUACAUUAUAUAACAUUAUACAAUAACACACAUAUAGUGAAACAAAAAGAUAUAUUUCUUUUACCUUAACGAUUAAAUGCAAAUUUAUAUAAUCCAAUGUUAUUUUUUUAUUUAUCUAUUAAAUAUAUAU